CACCAAGAUCCAUUCCCUCCCCCUCGAGCAAGAACAGGCGGCAAGGGCUCCAUCUGCUGCCAAUUCACAAGUGCAGCAGGCCAGCAGCAGAAGCUUGUUGUUGCAAUGGCUACUACUACUGCCGCAGCCCCCGACCUCUCGCUGCAUAUCAGCCCUCCCUCGCCGCCCGAUGAUGCUAGGAGCAGUGACGUGCUCUUCUCCAAGCAGACGUUGUGCCUCGGACUCGUUCAGACGACGACGGCGGCGGCGCAUGAUCAGGAUGGCCAAUGCGACGACGUCCAGCAGCAGCAGCGGCAGCGACUGCACCAGCAGCCUAGCCAGAUCCAGAGGUUCAAGAAAACCUCGUCAUCGUCGGCGGCGUUGUUAUCUGCCGGAGGAGGCACGACGAGAUCUGGGAACGGCAACAGCGGGGGCGGGAAGAGGAGCUCCAGAGCGCCGAGGAUGAGGUGGACCACGGCUCUUCAUGCACACUUCGUCCAUGCCGUAGAGCUCCUUGGCGGCCAUGAGAGAGCAACGCCAAAGUCAGUGCUGGAGCUGAUGAACGUUAAGGAUCUCACAUUGGCUCAUGUUAAGAGCCACUUGCAGAUGUAUCGAACAGUGAAGGGAACGACGGCAGACAGAUCAUGUGCUGCAGGCCAUGUCCAGAUGAGAGACAUGGGCUUUCUGCACAGGGGUUGUGAACUGAAUGGCUUCGAAGCGUUUAGCAACGGUACUUCUAAUGCUACCGCCAAUAAUAGAAUGCAGGCAGCUGCCGGGUCGCCGGCAGGGAAGCAUGCUGAGGUAGCCUGGUUCUUGCGGCCACCCUUGGCACACCAGAGUAGUGGUGGUGGUGGUGGUGGUGGGGCGGUGCCGCUUCCGCUGCCGCUGCCCUGCCCCUACCUCAUGUCUGCCCACCACAACCGCUACUUGCUCUCACAGAAUCAGGGAUGGAGGACCAGAGGCGCGCAUCAGCAAGACGCUGCCGCCCCCCCGCCGCUCGUCCUAGGCCAGCAGGACAGUGCGCGGCGUCUGCAUCCAGGCUUCCCCGACACGGCCAUCAGCAGCAGCAGACCGUCAUCCUGGAGCGCAGGCGUGGCAAGCCGCUGGUCGUCGUCGACGGCGGCGGCGCCUUCGCCGUCAAGUGGCAGGAGUAGCAUCAGCAGCGGCACGGAACAGCCAGCAGCAUGCAGCUGGACGAUGAUGACGACGAACAAGCAGCAGCAGCAGCCGCCGCCGUCGACGUCAUCAUCAUCAAGGGUCGUCGCGGUACCGAACCUGGAGAUGAGCCUGGGGAGGCAGGGGUGGCAACACGACCUGCAGGAUCAUCAUCCGCAGCAGCAGCAGCAGCAGCGCAGCGGGGAGUCCACGGCGCCAAAAGAGCUGACCCCCGGCCUCCUCAAGUGCUUGUGAAAUAAUAAUGAUAGCUAAUACUUGAUCGGCUAAUAAUCACUUAUAUAAUUCCACCGUCGAGAUGAGCUUGCGAGAGGUGUUCAAGGCUUGGAAGCAAAUUAUCGACCGCGACGUUAGCUAGAGACGACGUUGUACUCGUUUGGUGCUACCGGCUUCACGUACGUAGUUGUUUUCUACUCCUCCCAUCUAUAUCCAUUAUUAGCUAUAUAUUUAGCUUCAUUUUCUGGUAUAUGCAUGUAAUUUGAGCUGAUGUGGAGACGACGACUGUUAGAAAUAAACGAGCUACCUUUCUCAAU